GAAGCGUUUGCUUGCUGCUUCAUACCACCUCAAGCAUCAUGUUAUAUCGUUGACUUUGGGGUAAAAUGAAUUAUAUCAAACAUCUCUCAGGUUGUCCUGAUACAAGUACAAACAAGACUGAAUGAGUUUAAACUUCAGUCACAUCUUCGGAAGUCACUUCCCUUCCUCUUUUGACUUUGGAGUCUUUGAAAGCAGCAGUCCUACCGCUUUAAUUUCAGCAACGCCAACAUCUUUUUAACACGCACUGUAUCACUUCUCUUUGCGUGACAAGACUUUGUCACAUGGCGGGCCUUUGGAGAUCUUAUCAGGCGCUGAUGGCCAAACAUCCAUGGACAGUGCAGAUUAUAACUGCUGGCUCUCUGGUGGGUGUGGGUGAUGUCAUCUCCCAGCAGCUGAUUGAGCGCCGUGGACUGGCCAAUCACAGCGUGAGACGCACUGCCAAGAUGAUGAGCAUUGGCUUCUUCUUUGUCGGUCCAGUGGUCGGUGGAUGGUACAAGGUGCUGGACAAACUUGUUACUGGUGGUACUGGUGGUGCAGCUCUGAAGAAAAUGCUUGUUGAUCAGGUGGGCUUUGCUCCGUGUUUCUUGGGUGCUUUUCUGGGAAUAUCCGGAGCGCUCAAUGGACUGACUGUGGAACAGAAUGUGACCAAACUCAAGAGGGACUACAUGGAUGCCUUGAUCUCCAAUUACUAUCUUUGGCCUCCGGUGCAGAUCGCCAAUUUUUAUUUCAUCCCUCUCCACCACAGAUUGGCUGUUGUUCAGAUUGUGGCUGUUGCCUGGAACUCUUACCUCUCCUGGAAAGCCAAUAAGAUGUAAUGAGAUGUUCCAGAUUGACCACUACCUCACACACGGGAAUAUUUUUGUUUGUAGUUUUAUUAAAUAAAUGUAGUAACAGACUCACACAUAGGCGCAGAAAGCUUACAGAUGAAGUUUGCACAACAAAGGUCAAAGCUGACAAUAACGUAAUUCAGACCUCUGACAUUUUAUUAACCUUUGCAAUUAACGCUAUUUCAAUAUUUGUGAUUAUGGGUUCUGUAAAGAAUUCUAUACAUUUGAUUUAUAUGCCUGUAUUUACCACUGUUUAGAUGGUGAAAUAUGGUGUGUUGCUCACUUAAAACAGCAGGCCUGUUUGUUACAGGAUGUGGCUGCAUUUUGAGUCAUUUUUGGUGUCUUCUGUGGUCACUAAUUAAGUUCAGGAACAUGUGAUUGACAGAAGUGAAGUUAUGGGCGUUACAUCUUCUACUUGCAUUGAUUAACACAAUACAAUAAUGUGUA